AUAUCGUAUUGAACUAAGUUUGCUAAAGAACAAUAUAUUUCACUUUUUUUUUUUUAUAGUUUUGCUAGCUUUCAAUUGCAAUGGCAGCCCUUAGUUCUAGCAAAUCUUUUGUCAUCUUUACUUUUUUAUUCUCUUUGUUGACCGCAUCUAGCAAUGCACAACUUUCGCCAACUUUCUACCUCACUAGAUGCCCACUCGCUCAAACUGCUAUUAACGCUGCUGUGUUAAAAGCUGUUGUUGCUGAGCGUCGCAUGGCGGCAUCACUCAUUCGUCUUCAUUUUCAUGAUUGUUUUGUUCAGGGUUGUGAUGCUUCAGUUUUACUUGAUAAUCAAGCUACAGCCACAAGCGAGAGAGAUGCGCUACAAAAUAGAGGAUCUCUAAGAGGAUUUGAGGUAAUUGAGUCCGCUAAAGCCACCUUAGAAAGUUUAUGUCCUGGAGUCGUGUCGUGUGCUGACAUUCUAGCUGUUGCAGCACGAGAUGCAUCAGCUGCGGUUGGUGGUCCAUCAUGGAUAGUGAAGCUAGGUAGAAGAGAUUCAACCACAGCGAGUCGAGAUGCAGCAGAGAGAGACUUACCUUUGUUUACAAGCACCCUUCAAGAACAUAUUUCAAAUUUUGCUGCCAAGGGUUUGAAUACAAGAGAUUUGGUUGCAUUGUCUGGUUCACACACAAUAGGUCAGGCACAAUGUUUUACUUUCCGUGAUAGAAUAUACAGCAACGGGAGUGACAUUGAUGCUGGUUUUGCUGCUAGAAGACAAAGUACUUGUCCUGCCACGGCUGGAAAUGGUGAUAGCAAUUUGGCACCGCUUGAUUUAGUGACGCCCAAUUUGUUUGAUAAUGUUUACUUUAGAAAUUUAAUUGAAAAGAAGGGUCUUCUUCAAUCUGAUCAAGUACUUUUUAGUGGAGGAUCAACGGAUAGUAUUGUGCGAGAAUACAAUUCAAAUGGUUUGACUUUUCGGGCUGACUUUGCAAGAGCCAUGAUCAAAAUGGGAGAUAUUAGUCCACUAACAGGUGAAAAUGGUAUCAUCAGAAGGGUUUGCACCUCACUCAAUUAGAGCAUUGGAGUCCAUCCACUUAUCCAAUUAUGGUUGUCUAAGUUCUAGUUAAUCUCUUAUAUGUUUAAUUUUCAUUUUUCUUUUGUAUUCAUGACGACAAUUCGUCUUUUUUAAUAUGGUUUUACAAAUAUACAAAAAUAAAGAAGUGUUAUGUUAUGACACAACUAAAUUAU